GAUCUGAUCCAAGAUCCAAUGAUUAUGUUCAGCUGAUUGCGUACAAAUUUUUGUUUAUUUUGAUAUUUUAAACUUCAAAAAAGUGGCGUAUUAAUUCAAGUGCUCACAAUGAUUUCCUCGAUAUUAUCCAGAUUGGUCAUAUUGUUGUUUGGUACCCUGUAUCCCGCUUAUGCUUCCUAUAAGGCUGUGAGAACCAAAAACGUCAAGGAAUACGUAAAAUGGAUGAUGUACUGGAUAGUUUUUGCCCUCUUUACCUGCAUAGAAACUUUCACAGACGUAUUUCUCAGUUGGUUCCCAUUUUAUUACGAAAUAAAAAUCAUACUAGUCAUAUGGCUGCUAUCUCCCGCUACAAAGGGCUCCAGUAUUUUGUACAGGAAGUUCGUACAUCCUACUCUUAGCUCCAGGGAACAGGAAAUAGACGAAUACAUCACAAAAGCCAAAGAACAAAGUUACAAACAGGUUUUGGAUCUUGGAUCCAAAGGAGUUUCUGCCAUAAUGCAAACAGCUCUCAAGGGGGGUGGCGGUCUGGUUAAUCACCUAAAGAAGAGUUACUCGCUGAGUGACUUGAGCGUCCCGACGCCUGACGAAAUGGAUGACGUCGUCAUAACGGACGCCAGGCUGAUGCGACGCAGGCGCAGUCCGCAGCGAGUGGUGGCGCUGCAAUCGGCCGAGGAUGUCUCCUCGGGGUAUUCCAGUGGGGAGGGACUGUCUUUGGGGAAGGUACCACAGAUGGCCGCUAAGGAGGGACUUCAAAGAGCCGGCUCACUCACCAGAUCUCGGACCUCUAGAGCUACCAGAUCCAACGUUCCUAAAAAAGAAGGCAUCAGUGAUGAGAGUGACGACAACGAAAUCUUCGAGACCAACGUAAUAUUCAUCAACGAUACGAUGAAAAAAAUCGAGCAACUUGAGCAAACAGAUUCAUCAUCAAGUGAGACAGAAUUUUUGGAUUCUUUAAACUACGAGCAUGUUGAUUCUUCUAUAAAUCUUAUUAAUUUUAAUAGAAACAAAGAAACAUACUCUCUAUUAACAGCAUGUGAAGAUAUAAAUCCAACAACCGAAGAAGAACUGAGUUUAAAGGAGAUAACCAAAGAUGUUGAUACUUUCUCAAAUUUUGUGCAGAAUUUAAUUGAAGCUAAGAACGAAGCAACCGAAGACUCAACUCACAAUAUAAAUGAAGCUAAAAGUGACCUGAAGCUAGAAGAAGAAACCCCGAUAAAACGAGGGGGUAAAUACAACAAGAAAUCAGCUCCCUUGCCCCCAACAGCAACACUAGCUCCAAUUAAAGCCACCUUGAUCCUAAAACCAGGCCGCUUGAAAACUCUGGAUUCCCCAGAAAAACCCCCAAAGGAAAUAUUCGUUAGCUCCAAAUCAUCAUCUAGCUCGAUCAGAAGCAAACCCUCUUUCUCCAGGUUCAUCAGAUUGCCGAAAAAAAUUAGUACGUGGGGUAGAGUGGAGCAAGAAAAACGGUCUUCUUGGCACAGUUAUUUGGGGGAUGAUUCGCACACCCCGUGUAGACAGUCGAAAAGUGACAACGAUUUGCGUUCGAAACAGGAAGAUGAUUUGAAAGAUUCUGAUCGGUUUGUAGGAGGAAGUUUACUGUCUGUGAAAUCCUUGUUGAAUUCCCCUGUGGCCCUUAGAAGACUGAAAGUAAUCAGAGGUUAUGUGGAUGGGGAUAUCGAUUGAGGUUUAUUGGAAAGAAAGUGCCACCUUGCCACGAAUUAAGAAAUCAAUGAAGAAAAAAACCCUCUGAAUACCUAUACACUUCUUCUGUUUUUUUCUUUGUGAUGUUUGAACAAUUAAUUUUCUAGUAAGAAUGUCCUAUUCUUAUAAGCUUCGAAUGUAAAAGGUUUGAUGAAAUUGGAGUUAUAUCCGAUUUACCUAUAUUAAUAUAAUGUUUCCUAAAUACAAUGUAUUUAGGAGAUAUUUAAUUGGACAUCGUGCAUUCAAGUCCAAAUUGGACUUAUAUAUACAGGGUGAAUCAAUAGUGGGUUCUACCUCGAUAUUAGCCAACAUUUUCAGAUUUCUAGAAAAUAUGCGAAUACAACAGUAUAGGGUUUCAUGAGAACUAUCACCUAAAAUUAUUUUCAUAUCUAUAGGGUUGAAAAGGAAUAUUCUCAGAUAAAUUAUGAACAUACAAAAAAGGAUAUAUAUUGAUAUAAAGCAAUACAUUGAGAAUUCGCAUUCUCUAUGAUAGAGUCUCAAUUCAGAAUUCAUUUCCACGCCCUGUAUGAUAAAUGUCAAUUUAUCAUACACCCAAAAGCAAAAAUAUCUAUAGGGUGUUCGAAUUCCAAGAUAUCGGCUGAUGAUGAGUUAUUUUGAAUGGGACACCUUGUUUUCAAUUGUAUUUUUGAAUGAAACAUCAAAAUUGUUACAAAUCUGUGUUUUGUUUUCUAUAUUUAACCCCAAGGCUACCAAUUUAUUCAACUUUUUACGUGAAAAACUGUCCUAACGAAAAAUACUAUAAAUUUUUUAUGAGCUCUACAAAUUCAGUUUUUUUACGAGAGAAGUUGAAUAAAUUAUCAACCGUGUGGUCAAAUACAGAAAACAAAAAACAGUUGUGUAGUGAUUUUGAUGGUGCAUUUGAAAAUGCAAUAACUCAUCAGAUGAUAUCUUGAAAUUCGAAAACUCUAUUGAUAUGAAAAUAAUAAUUAUAGGCGAUAGUUGUCACGAAACUCUAUAACUGUUGUAUUGUAAUGUUUUCUACAGGGUGUGAGUCAUUGAAAUGGGAAAGUGAUAUAACGGCUUCGCUGUUUGAGAUAGAUCAAUGAAAAUUUUUGUGAUGGUCUCGGUUCAUGAGCAGCACAUUUCCAAAAUAUUCUGCGUUAUACAGGGUGACUCAAGAAUGCGUUACGUAUCAAAAUUAUACUUUUUCUUAUGGGACACCCUGUAUUUCAUUGCAUUUUCGGAUUCUCCUUUGUGAGCUGAUUUCAUCAAUGCAUCACACUUGGGAUCUAGCGGGAAUGAUUACAGUGAUAUAGGGUGUUCAAAAUCGAGAUUUUUCAACUUUAGGAUUUUUUUGUGGCGAAACUAUUAAUUAUUGGUCAGAACGACUCACAUGUCCCCAUCUUAACUUUUGAUUCACUGUUUAUACUAAUAUACAGGGUGAUUCACGGUGGAUGGCCUAUUAGAAGUAUCUGGAGAACGAAAAGACAGAACAUCCUGAAAAUUAGGUUUCUUCGAUAAUUGAACAUUCUCGAUCCGUCUAAAAUAUUUUCAUCGAUACAGUGUUGCCACUUCUAUCAGAAACAACUAGCAACUUUGUUAUUUCAAAUGGAACACCCUGUAUAUUAUUGCAUUUUUAGAUUCUUUCUAAAAAGCUGAUUUCAUCAAUGUAUCACACUUGGGGUCUAGCAGGAAUGAUUACAGAGAUAUAGGGUGUUCAAAAUCGAGAUUUUUCAAUUUUAGGAUUUUUUUGUGUCGAAACUAUUCAUUAUCGAUCAGAACGGCUUACAUGUCCCUAUCUCAACUUUUGAUUGACUAUCUACUGGAAUUUUAUUGAAAAAAUACAGGGUGCUUCAAGAUUCAGAAUUCUGAUCACCCUGUACCUGUUCCAAUUAGAUGUCAGUAGAUAGUGAAUCGAAAGUUGAGAUAGGGACAUGUAAGCCGUUUUGAUCAAUAAUGAAUAGUUUCGACACAAAAAAAUCCUGAAAUUGAAAAAUCUCGAUUUUGAACACCCUAUAUCUAUGUAAUCAUUCCUGCUAGACCCCAAGUGUGAUACAUUGAUGAAAUCAGCUUUUCAGGGAGAAUCUAAAAAUGCAAUAAAAUACAGUGGCAACACUGUAUCGAUGAAAAUAUUUUAGACGGAUAGAGAAUAUUCAAUGAUCUAAGCAUCCCAAUUUUAAGAAUGUUCUGUCUUCUCGUUCUCCAGAUACUUCUAAUAGGCCAUCCACCGUGGAUCACCCUGUAUUUCAUUCAGACGAAUACAGGGUAGUUCAAAAUUCAUAAUUAUGAACCACCAACUUGUAUUCGUUCAAAUUAAAUAUCAGUAGAUAGUAAAUCAAAAGUUGAGAUAGGGACAUGUUAGCCGUUUUGACCAAUUAUGAAUAGUUUCGACACAAAAAAAUCCGAAAGUUGGAAAAUUUCGAUUUUGAACAGCCUAUAUCUCUGUAAUCAUUCUCACUAGACCCCAAGUGUGAUGCAUUGAUGGAAUCAGCUCACAAAGAAGAAUCCGAAAAUGGCAUGAAAUACAGGGUGUCCCAUGAGGAAACGUAUAACUUUGAUACGUCACGCAUUUUUGAGUCACCCUGUAUAACGCGAAAUAUUAUGGAAAUCUGCUGUCCAUGACCCUAGACCAUCACAAGAAUUUUUGUGCAUUUAUCUUAAACAGCGAAGCCAUUGUCUCACUUUUUCCUUUUAAUGACUCACCCUGACGGUUUGGCUAAUAUCGAAGGCAAACCCACUCUAUUGACACACCUGGUAUAAACGGAAAUGUUCCUCAUGAAACUUAUCACCCGCUGUCUCCGAAAUUUUAUAAUUUCUUUAUUAGUUUCGAGAAAAAGGGGGUGAAUGAUUCAUCUGAGUUUCUGAGACACACUGUAUUAUCUUCCAAAUAGAAAUUUUAAAAAAAUCACUAGAAUCGGAGUCUAGUGAUUGGUUUUCUGUGAUUGCAUCUCUAUAUCAUAACUAUAUGAAAUAAUAUAGGUAUACCUACUGUAAAUUUAAGUUUGUCAUUUACUGAAUGGAAUUUAUUGAAUGUUAGUAGUGGAAAAUGUGGAUUUGAUGAUAUACCACUUAGCUUUUAAUGAUUAAUGUUUUUUAUCAUUGUUGGGAAACUAUUGCAUGUUUUUAACUUAUUAAUUGUAGAGGCCCAAUGUAGUCAAAUGAAUAUAAAAAGCUGUGAAAGAAAAUAGAGACCAUAGAAUUGGA